CCCAGAAUGCACCGCGCAUUCGACCACCAUCCAUGGCAUGCUAGGAUGAGGGAAACGUUUGAAUGCGUGUGGCUGAUGUAAAUAGCUACACAGAAACGGCACGUAGACGUCAUUACUAGCUCAACACGACAUUUCUUUUGCGUAAUUGACCAUUUUGGCUACUGGCACCCGUAAAGUUGUCUUCCUGCUCCUUUUUACGGGUGAGUUUUCGCCAUGUUAUCGUCUGUUCCCAGUAGGUUGUUUGCACGAAGGUCGCGAAGCCUGUCACCAUGCAAGCGCGUUCUCCAGACUAGUACGGCCGCACCUGCUUGUCAGGCCAUAAUAAAAGAGCCGCCGGCUGAAAACAACCGCAACCCUAUAGUAUCCACUUCCCGGGUUUCAAGACGGGGGAUUUUGGCUGAUGACACCGCUGCUAACAGCGCGAACCAAGCUGUGCAGUACCACCAUCUCGCGCCUAGAUGGCUGUCAAGUCUUGAAAACCGCCGUAGCUCUUGGGCUUCGCUGGCCCAUAAAGGGCGUAACAACAACAUAUUUUGGGAGGACAGUGGUCAUGGAGCUGGAGGUGAGGGCGGAAGCGCCAGUGGAGGCGCCAGCCCGCUGAAGGUGGCCUCCGCCGGGCUGCUGUCUGCUGCUGCGGUGGCCUUCUGCCUCAAGAAAGACUCAGAUGACAAAGGUGAUGCCCUUUUGGAGGCAGCAAGGACCAACAACCCUGAAGAUGUGGCCAGACUGUUGCAGGAAGGGGUGGACCCAAAUCACAGACACCGUCUCGGUUGGACCCCUCUUAUGGUGGCUGCCAUUAACCGUCAGCACAGUGUGGUGAAAGUUCUUCUUGAAGCUGGUGCUGACCCAAAUGCUGGAGAUCAAUUCAACAACGUUUAUGACACUUCAAGGGAGAUGGGCAUCCACUCACUACAAGUCUUGGUGUCCAGAGAAGAUGAGUUCAGCAGCAGGCUGAGCAGCAGGGCUGGUUUCCGCGGCUGUUCAGCACUUCACUACGCCACACUGGCUGAUGACCCACGCACUGUCCGCAUGCUACUCGAGUUUGGUGCAAACCCUCUGCAGGCCAACGGUUUGGGACACACUGCACGAGCCUAUGCCAAAGAAGGUGAAGUAAGCGCACUUCUGCAGGAGUGGGAGGGCAAGUUCCAGGAGGCGCAGGCAAAGCGAGAGGCGGAGGAGAGAAGGAGGUUCCCCCUGGAGAGGAGGCUGAAGGAGCACAUCAUUGGACAGGAAGGGGCCAUCAAUACUGUGGCUUCAGCCAUCAGAAGGAAGGACAAUGGUUGGUACGAUGAAGAGCACCCGCUUGUGUUCCUCUUCCUAGGCUCCUCGGGAAUUGGAAAGACAGAGUUGGCCAAACAGGUGGCACGGUACAUGCACAAGGAUAUCAAAAAGGGGUUCAUCCGGAUGGAUAUGUCAGAGUUCCAAGAAAAGCAUGAGGUAGCGAAGUUCAUUGGCUCGCCACCAGGAUACGUCGGCCACGAGGAAGGAGGCCAGCUGACCAAGCUGCUAAGGGCUUGUCCAAAUGCCGUCGUCCUGUUUGACGAAGUGGAUAAGGCUCACCCCGACGUCCUCACCAUCAUGCUGCAACUCUUUGACGAGGGUCGUCUCACAGACGGCAAGGGGAAGACCAUCGAGUGUAAAGACGCAAUCUUCAUCAUGACGUCUAACGUUGCGAGUGACGAGAUUGCACAGCACGGAUUGCAGCUCAGGCAGGAAGCGGAAGAGGUCACCCGCAGGAAGCUUUCAGAUAAUCUUGAGGAUGUACAGAAAGGUGACGACAUCCAAAUUUCCAAACAGUUUAAGGAGUCUGUCAUCCGACCCAUUCUGAAAGCACAUUUCCGGAGGGACGAGUUCCUGGGUCGGAUCAAUGAAAUUGUCUACUUCCUGCCAUUCUGUCAUUCUGAGUUGCUCCAGCUGGUUAGCAAGGAGCUGAGCUUUUGGGCUAAGAAGGCCAAGCAGCGCCACGACAUCACCCUUCAGUGGGAUCGGCCGGUCCUGGACCUGUUGGCGGGCGGCUACAACCUGCAUUACGGCGCACGCUCCAUUAAACAUGAGGUGGAGCGGCGUGUGGUUAACCAGCUGGCUGCCGCCUAUGAGCAAGAACUGCUGCCCAAAGGCUGCACGCUGCGCCUGUCCGUCCAAUCGGAGGACCACGAGGGGCGCAACCCAGCCGGCCUGCGUCUGGAAGUGCUCGGGGACGACAGCUCGGCCAAGACGUUAAACAUCCGCCCUUCGCUCAGCCCAGAACACUAACCAGAAAAGUACCUCACACCACGGCUUAUUUUGUUUCACUGUACAUGUACGCUCAUGCUUUGACUUACGAGUGCCCUAACUUAGGACCCUUGUUAUACAAACAAAAAAAAACCAGUAUCUUCUAUGUGUCCUUGUGACUCCUUAGCGCACGCCCGUCAAAGGCACCCAGUCAAAACACCAAUAGAUACUACAGUAUGUAGAUUAAUGAAAACACUUGAGGUCUUCCAUGUUAUAUAUGGACCAAAUUGGACAGAAUAAAAUAUAAAAAUACAUCUUUAAAUAAAUACUUUACAAAAAUUAUUUCAUGGACACAUGUUGAAGCACUUCAUGAAUUUAUUUUAUCUGUCAAACUUGCCCAUCACAGUCAGUGGGCGGGACUAACGCUGAUCUAAGUCUAAUAGAUUGCUAUCGUCUGAAGUCUUUCAAAACAUGGUGGAUACGGACGACAUAUGUACAUCUACUUAUUAAAUUAAUUGGUUCUGGAAGGAGUGUCGUAACUGAAAAUUUGGUAAAUAAAGAAGCAUUUUCCAUGGAAAUGCCCUAAUCCGUUCGAAGCCCCUCAAAAUUCAGACAUAAAUCUUUUAUAAAGCAUAAAAAUGCAUCGAAACAUGUCACAAAUACAUGUUAUGAUCACAUUAUUGCACAACAAACAUUACAGUCCACACUGUAUUUUAGCCUUUCGUAUCCUGAAAUUUCUUUCGUAAUUAGAGGCAAUAUUUUCCAGUUGAGGCUUAAAAUUCUGUAAGUAGAGACCAUUGUAAGUAGCGGUACCACUGUACUUCAACUUUCUUGGGAGUUGGUUAGAGACUUUGCUGAUUACGUGGAAGCAGAACUGGCUGACCAAGAACAUGUAGUGUGCAAAAUAGAGGAACUUAUUGAAGUUGUUGGCUUAAUUUUUCUUCGUUGCAAGACUUCAUGAAUUUAUUAGUAAAACCUGCUGUCACUCAUCCUCCACUUGUUUUACCCUAGUAAAGUGUGUCAGAAUAAGUUUACUGGUUCUGCAUUUUUUAUAUCUAAAUUCGACUCGUGUUGGCUUGAUUUGCUGGGUAACCAAUCAGCUGUUAGUCCCGCCCACUGACUUUGAUGGUUGAGUUUGACAGAUAAAUUGAUGAAGUACUGCCAAAUGUGUACAUGAAAUAAGUAAAGUAUGAAAUAUAUUUUACAUUAAAUGGAUUAGUAUUUUAAUGAAUUAAUGGCACAUUUAAGUAUUUAUUUAAAGAGGUAUUGAAGCGGAAGUUCCGAAUUUUUGACAUUAGGCUUAAUCUUCGAGUUAGCGGGGGUUAAAUUAUUGGAGUUCAUUUCAACAAAUUACGUGCAGUUUGUUAGUUUUUUUUAAAUUUUUUAAUUCAGGGCUCCGAGUGGCUAAGCUAGUGCGAGUCAAUGAUCCCUUACUAGCAUGCCAAUAAAAAACGAUAUUAAUAGAUCUAACAUAGUCAAAUAAAUUCAAAAUGCAGAUCAUUGUUCAAAAUACCCAAGCGGCCAAAACAAUGUCACACCAAACUGCUGUUAUUUAUUUCAUUCUUCGGGACUAUUUUUUUUAGAUGCGUAAUGCAACCACAAUUGAGAAGACUGCUUUGGCCACUCGUGCUCAGGAAGGUGGGAAGUCUGACUUAUCAUACUCGGAUGGUACCAGUUGCGACCUCACAGCGUUUCAAGCGAAUGUCAACAGCAAGAUGGCUGAUCGCGACAAGUUGUUUUUUAUUUUGACCUCCAGCAAACCUGCCUUCUCGUAAGCAAUCAAAUAAUGGAGAAAAAACGACGGCUAAGGUAAAUACUAGAUCACACUGUAAACUGCUUUCUUUAGUUUUACUACUGACCGUCUGAUUUUCGAUGGGCAUCGCAUUUUGUCAAGUGAUGUCUAAUUGAAGCAAUUCGUGAAGUCGGGGUACUUUUGUUUUUCCUGACUUCGGGACAAGGGCCUCCCAGUUAAAGUGGCGUUCCAAUGAUAUUUUUCCUGGUCGGAGGUUGGAAAACUCCGAUUUGCCACCUUCAUCGAAUGCAGCAUCAGUCGACGGAGUCUUGACUGAAGAACGGCAACAUAGUGAAAUGUGCAUUUAGAGGCUGUGAAAACAGACAGUAGAAAUGGGCAAAUGAGAGUUUCCACAAAUUCCCUAUGAAGAAUGAGGAUCAAUACAAACUGUGGAACUGCAGUUAUUCACAUGUAAUGGUAAGUUUUAAUAACUUCAUCCUCAAAACAUAGCCAACACUAUUGAUUGCAUGGGUCAUGUUUGUCAUUGCGUGUUUUUUAUUGGCAUGCUAAUACGGGCUAAGUGUCUCGUGCUAGCUUAGCCACUCCGGAGCCCUGAAACUAAUAAAUAACUCACUAACUGCACUGAAUUUGUUGAAAUCAACGCCACCGACUAGGUAAACCCCUGCUGACUCAACGAUUAAGCCUAAUGUAAAAAAUUCUGAACUUCCCUUUCAUAUGUUUCAUUCUGUCCCAUUUGGUCCUCCAUAGUUUUAAAAAAAAAUGCAGUUUUUUUUUUUAAAUUGACACAUAAAACCCUUUCAUGGACAAAAUGUUUUUUUUUUUUCUUAAAUGCUUUUACUACAUUUUACUACAUACAGGUGUCUCGAACUUACGGCCCUCGGGACAAUAUUUUUACAUUUCACAUCCAAUUACAGCAUAAGUGUUUGCCCGCACAUAUUUUUGAUAGGAAAGGGAAAAAAAAAAACUCUAAAUAAUUAAAAAAGAAAUGAAUUACUGUAUUUAAAAAGCGAUAAAAACAAUAAGCAAGCACGUAAAAAAGUCACGAGUAUUAAAAAAAUAUCAUUCUGAAUAAAAUAUUUUAUAAAUUGAAACUUCAAAAAAAUUAAAUCAUAAUUGAAAGAAGGAAUAAAUACAUGAAUUCAAAUAAGUGUGACUCGUGUGUGUUUUGCUAUAUGUUUUAUUUUUUGUUCUGUUUUAUAAAUCUCUUCUGACCUCACACAGCUUAACUCUUUGGCUGCUGUUGACGGCAAUGGACGUCUAUUGCUGUCAAUAGGUGUUUCGAAAUCAAUUCCAAAUCUACAACACUAACUAUCUAACUAAUCUACUAACACUAAUGAUAACUGUAGAAUAGAGAUCCAUUGUAUUGACCACUGUCCCUGAAAAGGUUAAUAUAGCACUUUGACCAUCAUAUAAAUAUGGAGCAGUGUUGUACAAAUAGUGUUGUAGUGCUUCAUUCAUCACCAACAUCUCAUUAAUGUGAAGUGUUAAGAUCGAAAUGUUUAUUCUAAAAUGUUUAUCAAAUAUUUAAAAGAUUCUAUUUAUCACAAAUGUGCUCAUAAAGAACUGAAGGAUGACUGAUUCUAUUCCGAUCUGCUGUGACGAAUUGUUUUGAAAAGCAAAGACAGCUUCACGUCCACAACCACCCAAUGGAAGAUAAUGUCAAUCAAUCCACGUGAAUGAUUAUGUUAUAUAAUGUGAAUCACGCAUGCUAAUAGUGAGGAGUUAUGUCGACAUUAGAUUAGAAUUGUGCCAUAAAUGUUUGAACAAGCGAAAUGUGACGGAGCCACAUUUGUGUGUGAGGCAGAAUUAAAAAGUCAGCGCGACAAAAAGCAAAUUCCGCCUGUUUUGGUUGUUUGUUUCUUGCCUGACA